CACGCCGACCACCCCCCCUCUCCUCCCCCUCCCCUUCCGGCAAACCCUAGCCUAGCCCCGCCCCGCCGCAUCCCGGCCCAUGGAGGAGGACGCCGGCGAGGGCGAGGGCGAGGGCGAGGUGGAGAUCUGCGACUGGGCGGGGAUGCCGUCGGACGCGCUCUUCGCGGUGUUCGGGAGGCUGGACGUGGCCGACAUCCUGACGGGGGCCGGGCGGGCGUGCCGCGCCUGGCGCCGCCUCGCCGACGGCGACCCCGCGCUGUGGCGCCGCCUCGACAUGACCCACCACGGGGACAUCCUCGAGACCGAGGAGGCCGAGGCCAUGGCCCGCGCCGCCGUCGACCGCGCCGCCGGCACGCUCCAGUCCUUCUGCGCCGACACCUUCGUCACCGAUGCCCUCCUCAGCUACAUCUCCGGCAGGGCACCCUCGCUGAAGAGCCUUCAACUAAGCCUGUGUGAUGAAGUAUCCAACGAGGCGCUGGCAGAUGCAGUCAAGGGCUUUCCUCAGCUUGAGGAGCUGGAGAUCACAUUCUGCUCACUGAACAGCAACGUGUGCGAGUCAGUCGGCAGAGCCUGCCCACACCUGAAAUCCUUUCGGCUGAACGAGCGCUGGACGGUCCUCCAAAGGGGGUUUGCAGUCUUUGAGGGCAUGGAUGAUGACACAGGUGCGCUAGGGAUCGCGAGCAGCAUGCCCGAGCUCCGGGACCUCCAGCUGAUCGGCAACAACCUGACCAACGCCGGGCUGGCGGCGAUCCUCGACCACUGCCCCCGCCUCGAGUCCCUUGACGUGCGCCGCUGCUGCAACCUCCAGAUGGACGAUGCCCUGAGAUCCAAGUGCGCCAGGAUCGGGAACCUCAGGCUCCCCGGGGACCCCAUCUCCGACUUCAAGUACCGGGCUUACCUCGCUGGCAGUGAUGACUACCCCAGCGGUUCCGACAUCGAGGUCGACAUGUACGAUGAUCUGCUGGACGUGGUCACCGACGACGAUGAGGAUGCCGAGUUUGAUGACAUGGAGGAUUAUAUCGACGGCGCGGACUGGGACGCCGACAUGUAUGAUGAUGUGUUCGAUGUCUGAAGGAGCUGUGACCAGGACCGGGUUGGGUUCUCACGUGGAAGGAAGGACGGGAACUUGGUGCUGAAACAAUGUGGUCUUUACCUGUGUUUAGAUUCUUGAAGCUGGGUUCUUUUACGUUUGUGUCUCUUGUUUGUUAACUAGUCUGCUACUCUCUUGCUAUGAAACUGGGUUCGCUUUCUCUCCGCGACUGUAAUUUUAUGCCGCACCUGUGAUUUGGUCAUGCAAUAAAACCCUGUAAAUUAAGUACCGACACCAAUGCUAUAUUGCGUUAGGUUUGAUGA